AUGACUGAAGAAUACGAAACGUACAAUCUUGGAGAUUGGAAGCUACAGAGCGGGGAGCAGAUUUACAAUGCCCACAUCGCAUACAAAACAUUCGGCGAUUCCAGUUCUCCUGCAAUCGUCUAUCCAACUUGGUUUUCCGGAGCCGUUUCCGACAACUUCUGGCUCAUUGGAGAAGACAAGCUCCUCAACCCCAAAAAGUUCUUCAUUAUAGUGACGGCCUUGUUUGGAAAUGGACAAUCCUCGUCCCCCUCCAACCAGCCACAGCCCGGACCCUUCCCCCGAGUCUCAUUCUACGACAAUGUGCGAGCGCAGCAUGAGCUUGUCACCAAACACAUGGGGAUAACCCAUUUGCGAGCCGUCGUGGGGUGGUCCAUGGGAGGGGCGCAAACCUAUCAAUGGGCAACGCAGUAUCCCGAUUUCAUGGAUAUUGCAGUGCCUUUCUGCACAUCUGCUAAGACCUCGUUGCAUAACCAGGUCUUCCUCGAGGGUGUCAAGAGCUCUCUGAUCGCAGUCAAGAAAAGCAGGUCUGCGGGAUCUGGAAAGAUCGGAUUGAAUAGAGAAACGGCGGAAGCUCACGUCUGGACCGAAGAGGAGAAAGAUGUUGGGUUGAAAGCGCUGGGCCGGGUUUAUGCAGGGUGGGGUUUCAGUCAGGCAUUCUACCGGCACAGAUUGUAUGAGACUGUGCUGGGCUUCAAGGGGCUCGAGGACUUUAUGGUGAACUUCUGGGAGAAGUGGGCUUGCUCGAAAGACCCGGAGAAUCUUCUGGUAUUGCUACAGACAUGGCAGAAUGGAGAUGUCUCCCAGCAAGAGCCGUAUCAUGGUGAUUUCGAGAAGGCGAUGGGUUCUAUCAAAGCCAAGACGCUUGUUCUGCCGGCAAAGACAGAUCUAUAUUUCCCUCCAGAGGAUUCGGAAUAUGAAGUGGCUUAUAUGAAGCCAGGCGUUGGAACACUAGAUAUAUUCCCUUCAAUUUGGGGUCAUUGGGCGGGAGGUCCUGGUGACAGCAAGGAAGACGUUGAGUGGCUUGACAACAAGCUCAGUCAUUUCUUCGAGGCCAAUCAAGGCGAUGGAAUCACGCAUCUGGCCGAGAAGCUCCGUAGUAACCUUGGAUGA